AAUACAGUGAUAAAACGUUUAAACUUAAACGAUAUUAAUAUAAGCAAUAUUCAUACAUCACAUUUUGUAUCUGCGAGCAUCCAACACUAAAAAUGUAUUUUUUGAAGUUAACAUUUUUAGCAAGUCUCUUGCUUGCAACAUCUGCAGAAAAUAUUGGACAGCAUAAUACCUUUCAACCAACGCAGCAUGAAAGUCUGAUACCUGUUUUAUCAUCGAACAGGACUUAUAAAAUCAUUUCAAUCGAUCAGAAAACGUGGUUCGGAGCAUUACACGCUUGUCAUUUCAUGGGAUUAGAAUUGGCAUCGAUUACUAGCAAAGAGGAUGAAGAAAAUUUGGCUCAAGUUAUAAAAGACGAAUGCAUAGCUUUAUCAAGUAGAUGGUGGAUUUCUGGCAACGAUCUCGAUACGGAGGAAUCAUUUUUUUGGGCUAGUAAUGGACACCCCUUCACGUAUACAAACUGGGAGGUUGGACAACCAAAUCAUUCCAAUCACGAUCAACGCUGUGUGUAUAUAGUUGUGCAUAUAGGAACGGAUCCUGUCUGGAAUGAUUAUAACUGUUAUAAUAAAUAUCGUUUUAUUUGCGAAAUCUAACUUGGUGGCAAAAUUCAUUUACUCGUA